AUGAAGAAAACCUACGAGCCUGAAGAUAGAAGAAAUAGCAUCGAAAUCGUCAAGGCUGCAGCACAGGCAUGGCACUGUCAUUCCAGCGGCUCCAAAACAAUCACCUCGGAAUUCGAUACCCAUCGGAAAAGGGUCAAAAGCAAACCAACCCGGUUCAAGCUCGAAGCAAUGAGCGUAGCCUCAAGAAAAGAGAGUAAUUGGGAUUUUGGGCAGUCUCUAUGGGAUUCUUAUGAGAUUGUGUCUGUUUCGAAAAAGUUGGAGAUUGGCUUAAUGCUGAGUAAUCCAUUCGCUGCAUUGGAUGAGCCAAUAUGUGGUGGUAAGAGGCAAAAAGAGAGUAAGAAUAGCUUGAGGAACAUAAUAAAUAAUAUGUCCUCUAGGAGAUUCAGCGAAGCUGAAAUACUAUCAGAAGAAGAAUAG